AUGGUCGAAACAAUCAAAAUCGAAACAACAACAAUACCAAUAACAACAACAACAACAACCAUACUCAUUCUCCUCAUCCUACCUCUUCUACCUAUUCCUCUGCCUAUUCUUCUGCCUAUUCUUCUCCUUCGUCACCUUCUCCAUCUCCUUCCCGUCGCCCCACUUGCUGUCACCAGACUGGCAGGGUGAGCCCUCUUGGCGACUGUGUCUAAGGCGGACAAGUUGAUUGUCCUUGGUGACUUCAACGCCCGCGUCGGCACAGACCAUACUGCCUGGAGAGGAGUGCUGGGUCCCCACGGUCUCCGCGGCUCAAACGAACAUGGUCUGCUGCUUCUCCGCACCUGCGCAGAACACCGCCUCAUGCUGACGAACACGUUAUUCUGUCUGCCGGAGCGAGAGAAGGCCACCUGGAGGCAUCCUCGGUCGCGCCAGUAGCACCUGCUGGACUAUGUCCUCGUCCGGAGGGGAGAUCAGCGGGACGUGCUGGUGACGAAGGCGAUCGCGGGUGCUGACGGGUGGACCGACCAUCGCCUCGUCAUCUCGAAGAUGCGUAUUCGCCUACAGCCUCGCAGGAGACCACAAGGUAAGCGACCCCCAGGUAAGCUGAAUGUUGCCUUGUUGUCUUUGCCCGCUCACAAUCUUCAUUUCAGCAAUGAGCUAGCUCAAAGGCUAGAAAACCUUCCUAUCGCUGCCGACGCCGCCGCUGCCGAGAACGCCUCCGUGGAGAACCGCUGGUGUCAACUGCGAGACACGGUCCAGUCGACGGCGCUCGCCGUCCUCGGUCGCGCUCCCCGCCAACACCACGACUGA